CUACACACCUCACCAGCCACCGCGCAUCGCUCAGGGCCGCGGAAACCGUGGAAGAAGAAGCGGAGGACACCUACCCCCACAAAUCUCGUCGUCUCGCUCGCCGGCGGCCGCCGCCACCGCCACCACCGCCGCCGCGAUGAUCAGCAUCCUCGCGCAGGAGCGCCUCCUCGGGUUCGCCCUGGGCUCCGUCUCCAUGGGAGGGUUCGUCCUCCACCAGCGGCGCGCCAUCUACCGCUCCCUCGCCGACGCCGACGCUGCCGCUGCCCCGUCGCCCUUCUCCUCCUACCAGCCUAGUGAAACCAGAAGUAGAACAAGCUCAACUGAAUUGGCUCACGUAUGGAACAAGGGAGUGGAUGAGACUCUCGGACGACUUGUUGCAUACCUCAGCUCUCGUGGAUGGUAAUUCAAGCAUUAUCUGGUUGGGCGUGCCAAAGUUAACAGGUGGAGCAUGCCUCCCCGGUCAUGUCAUUGUUGUGCUAUGAUGUACUCACAUUUCUUUGAACCCAUAGCUGAAUACAAUGAUGUCUUUUUCUUUUUAAUUUAAGAAAGGUUGAACGAUAUCAUGGAUGAAUGGAUGGAUCAAUAUCCUAUUUGUCCCAGAAAAAAUGUUCUUUCUGCUACAAUUCUUGCAUGUAUUACACACUUCGGGGACUUCAUACUGGCCCUGUCUAUAUGCUUCGUUUUGAAGCGAAUAUUCGUGUUGGCAAUUCGUAUUAACAGGCUAUGAUAAUACUA